AUGACCGGUGCCGAUGAAGAUGUGGAGGUGAUGCCUACUGUGGUGUCCGAGGAUGUAGAUGUCCUUGUGCCACAUGAGGACGAGGGGUCAAUGGGCCCGGAGCCCUGGCAAUCCGCCAAAGUCUUGUGCUUCACAUGGAACAUGGGGGAUGCCAAGCCGGCCGAAGAGGAACUGCAACAUUGGCUGCCGAACAAGGGUGGCGACUUCGACCUUAUAGCUAUUGGAGUUCAGGAGUGCAACUAUGACUCUGGAACCAGCCCAUCGCGCAAUCCCAAACGCAGGAAGUCCCUGAAAGGCAGCGGCAAGGUGCAGCUUCCCAUGCUGUCCGGUGCCGUGGAGGAGGCCUGGCACACGUUGGGCACACCACGCUCAACCGACAAGAGCCCUGAGCGCCGAGUCCGGGAUGUCCGGGAAGAAGCCUUCACUUUCCAUUGGGAUGAUAUUUUGGCUGAGAGGCUGGGAGAUGGCUUUACGCGGAUUCAGCAGGUUGUGCUCAUGAGCAUGCGCCUCCUUCUGUUUGCGCGCACGGAGUACUGCGAUGGUACUUUCAAGUGGUGCGGCGGUCCCUUGGUGCAUUCGGUUGAGCAGACGUACUCUGCAACAGGGCUGAUGGCUGGUACCGUAGGCAACAAGGGUGGACUGGUGGUGACGCUGCAGUUUGGGCCCACACGGCUGUGCUUCGUGAGCUGCCACCUUGCGGCGCACAUGACCGCUGGGGAAAAGCGGAAUAGCGACUGCCGAGAAAUACUUCAGGAAACUUGGCCCGUCUGCCACCCUGACUUGGACCUAUCCUGCCAGUUCGACCACUGCUUCUGGUUCGGGGACCUGAACUACCGACUAGAGCUGCAGGAGCUGAAGGACCUGCCAACCCUGGCCUUGGGGAAGAGCCGGGAAACGACGAAAGCCUCGGGCAAGGAGAUCCAAAGCGGCCCCUCCACCCUGUCCGCACCCUCGAACCCCUCCCGGCCUGAUCACUUUGCCAUCAUCCUCGAGAUGGUUGAAAGCCAGCGGUAUAGAGAGCUCAUGCAACAUGAUCAGCUCCGGCUCUUUCAGCAGGCAGGAAAGGCCUUUGCUGGAUUCCAGGAGGGCGACCCAUGCUUCCCUCCCACCUUCAAGGUUGAAAGAGCACCUGGCAUCCGCCACCAGGAAGAGAGAACUCCCUCUUAUUGCGACCGCAUUCUCUGGAAGUCGCUGAUCGCCUUCGAUGGCUGCGUUACCCAACAACAGCUGACAUCGCCCGCGGAAGUGUCCAGCAGCGACCACAAGCCAGUCUGUGCACAUUUCACGGUCAAGACACCACGCGCUCUAGGGCAGCUCCUCCAGAAGGAGCUGUCGCCAGACAGGUUUCCUGUUGUGCGGAUCACCUACCUCAAAGCACGAGGAGUGCCAUCUGCACAUGGCGCCAAGUUCCGAGUGGUGUUCGUCGUGACGCCGUUGGAGAUAAACACCACAUACCAGAGCAAGGUCAGGCAGAUGCGCGACCCUGCAUGGCGGGCUGACGAUCUGCCCGUCCUGCGGCCAGCAGCAACAUGUCAGGAUGAGUUGAACAGUUGUGCUCUUCUGCUUGUUUUAUACAACAAAAGUGUCAGGGUGGGUUGUGUAGGCUUGCGCUUUCCUGGAUGGGAAUCCUCCCACACCGUGUCCGGACGGCGCACCCGCUAUGAUUUCGAUACGCCUAUCGUGAACAGGAACUGCUCGUUCGCAACGGGCCAUCUUUCAGGAACACUUGAAGUGGACUGGAGUGAGGAAGCCAUCCAUGCUGCGAACCAAGUAGCAGAGCUUCCCACCCAGCCGCGCCAGCCAGCAUGCUGUACCUUGCAGUGA